UAUACAGAUCGAAACAGGUGGUUCUAUAAUUUAACUUGCGUCCGUCGCUAUCUUUGGGCAACUUCUAGCAGUCAACAUGUACAACAAUCAGUCUAUCUUCAUCAUAAAAAUUAUAACCAUCUUAUAGAAGUGCACAACCUCUGACCAAGAGAGAAUAUGUCUAUUAAUGCCAUUAAAGAAAGGCAUUAAAACAUGCCAAUUUCUGCCUUCCACAAUUUUCAUAAGGCUCAUAUGUAACAAAACCCUUCAACCUGAGAAUUGCAGAUCCAUAAAACAAGUUAAAUUCUCGUUCAUUUCUCAUCUAUGGAGCCAAAUUGUAGCACCAACACUGACAUACACCAACACCGGCGCCAUGAUUCUGAGCAUUGCAGCUUGGAAAUAACGCCAAUGGAGGUGCACAGAGUGGUGCCACCACCUCACAAAACGACCAUGCAGAAGCUCAAAACAAGGCUCAAAGAAAUCUUCUUCCCUGAUGACCCUUUGCGCCGAUUCAAAGGUCAGUCUUCAAAGAAGAAAUGGAUCCUUGGAGCUGAAUACAUCUUCCCUGUUCUCGAAUGGGGGCCUAGUUACAGCUUCAAACUCUUCAAAUCCGAUUUCGUCUCUGGCCUCACCAUUGCCAGCUUAGCCAUCCCUCAGGGUAUCAGUUACGCUAAACUGGCUAGUCUGCCUCCCAUAGUUGGCCUCCAUUCUAGCUUUGUGCCACCUCUUGUUUAUGCGGUUCUUGGAAGCUCCAGGGACCUGGCAGUCGGACCAGUUUCGAUUGCUUCUUUGAUUCUGGGAUCAAUUCUCGGCCAAGAAGUUUCUCCCACAAACGACCCUCUUUUGUUUCUGCAACUGGCGUUUACUGCAACUUUUUUUGCCGGUUUUGUUCAAGCUUCUCUGGGAUUUUUGAGACUUGGAUUUCUCAUUGACUUCCUUUCGAAGGCAAUUCUUAUUGGAUUCAUGGCGGGUGCCGCCAUAAUUGUUUCGCUGCAACAGCUUAAAAGCCUCCUUGGAAUCACUCAUUUCACUAAACAAAUGGGUCUGGUUCCUGUAAUGACAUCUGUUUUUCACACAACUAAUGAGUGGUCAUGGCAAACAAUACUGAUGGGCUUUUGCUUUCUAGGGUUCCUUCUUGUAACAAGACACGUCGGCAUGAAAAGACCAAAACUCUUCUGGGUAUCAGCUGGAGCCCCUCUUGUCUCUGUCGUCAUUUCUACCCUUCUGGUUUUUGCAUUCAAGGCUCAACAUCAUGGCAUCGGCAUAAUCGGAAAAUUGCAAGGAGGACUAAAUCCCCCAUCAUGGAAAAUGUUGAGGUUUCAUGCAAACCAUCUGGGAUUAGUGAUGAAAACUGGACUUGUCACUGGCAUUAUUUCUCUCACUGAAGGAAUUGCAGUUGGAAGGACUUUUGCAGCUCUUAAAGAUUAUAAAGUUGAUGGUAACAAGGAAAUGAUAGCGAUAGGGCUUAUGAACAUGGUUGGCUCCUCCACUUCAUGCUACAUUACAACAGGCUCAUUUUCGAGGUCUGCUGUCAAUCACAAUGCAGGCGCCAAGACAGCGGUGUCGAAUGUGGUAAUGUCAGUGACGGUUAUGGUGACUCUCCUCUUCCUCACGCCACUCUUCCAGUACACACCAAAUGUUGUUCUGGGUGCCAUCAUUGUGUCAGCAGUGGUUGGCCUCAUCAACAUUCCAGCCGCUUGCCAGGUUUGGAAGAUUGACAAAUUCGACUUCCUUGUUAUGUUGUGUGCAUUCUUUGGUGUCAUUUUCAUUUCUGUUGAAGGAGGCCUUGCAAUCGCAGUUGGGAUAUCAAUUUUCAAGAUCCUCAUACAAAUUACUCGGCCGAAAACAGUGAUGUUGGGGAACAUCCCCGGGACAGAUAUUUACCGGAAUCUUCACCAUUACAAGGAAGCCAUGAGGGUGCCUGGUUUUCUUAUUUUAAGCAUUGAAGCUCCAAUUAACUUUGCAAACACCACAUAUCUAAAUGAAAGGAUUUCGCGCUGGAUCGAUGAAUAUGAAGAUGAAGAAGAUUUGAAAAAGCAGUUAAGCCUUAGAUUUGUGAUUUUGGAUAUGUCAGCUGUCAGUGCCAUUGACACAAGUGGAAUUUCUUUCUUCAAAGAUAUAAGGACAACAAUGGAAAAAAAGGGUAUUGAGUUGAUAAUGAUAUUGAUGGUGAUCAGUAUGAUGUCCACAGCUUGUGUUGGUGAAUCCUCUGGCUGAAGUAAUAGAAAAAUUGCAGAGAUCAGAUGAAGCUGCAGAUUUUAGCAGAUCAGACGGCCUGUUCUUGACAGUGGCAGAGGCUGUGGCUUCACUUUCAUUAUCAAUUACAGGCCAGUCUUCCACCCAUGUAUGACAACACAAAAGACAUUCAUAUGUUGUAGCCCAAAUAAUUCUUAUUAUAAAUUUCCCUGCUUUAGCUUGGAGAAUUGUUAACAUUAUUGCAAAUAUAGGUAGUUUGGAAAUCAUCAUGGACAGGGCCUUGACUGGAUAAGAGGUCAAUCUAAGUCAAAUCUGAUCUAGUCAACCAUCACUGAUGAAAUAUGUAAAUAAAUAUUUGAUUAAUAUUAAACUAUAUUGGACAUUUAUGUGAUAA